AUGACGAACACCACACCCAUCACCACACCAAUCACCACACCAAUCACCACAUCCAUGACGAGCACCACACCCAUCACCACACCAAUCACCACAUCCAUGACGAGCACCACACCCAUCACCACACCCAUCACCACAUCCAUGACGAACACCACACCCACCACCACACCCAUCACCACAUCCAUGACGAACACCACAUCCAUCACCACACCCAUCACCACAUCCAUGACGAGCACCACACCCAUCACCACACCAAUCACCACACCCAUCACCACACCAAUCACCACAUCCAUGACGAGCACCACACCCAUCACCACACCCAUCACCACAUCCAUGACGAACACCACACCCAUCACUACACCCAUCACCACACCAAUCACCACACCAAUCACCACAUCCAUGACGAGCACCACACCCAUCACCACACCAAUCGCCACAUCCGUGACAAACACCACACCCAUCACCACAUCCGUGACAAACACCACACCCAUCACCACACCAAUCACCACACCCAUUACCACAUCCAUCACCACAUCCAUGACGAACACCACACCCAUCACCACACCCAUCACCACACCAAUCACCACACCAAUCACCACACCAAUCACCACAUCCAUGACGAACACCACACCCAUCACCACACCCAUCAACACAUCCAUGACUAACACCCAUUACCACACCCAACAUCAUACGUAG